AUGGCAACGAGGAUUACUCGUGCGAAGGCGAAGGGUACGAGCAGCACGACUGAAAACCCUUCGUCGACCCGGGAGCCAGUGCGCUCAUCAGCCCCGCAAGGGCUUGCUCGAUUAGAGCAGGACUCCGUCGCCAUUGGCGAUGAGGAGCGACUCGGGAAUCGGGUCCCCGAGGAACGUCCACGCGGUCAAGCUGACCAACGAGAGGACAAUGACGAAAGCCGAGGUCGAAACGACCGAAGGCAUCAACACCGAGGAAAUACCGAGACAUGGGCCUUCGACCGUCGACCGCGAAUCGACCCAACGAACUGGGGAAACGUUGAUAUCCCCGAAGAUGAGCUAGACAUUCACACACAGCAAGUCAUGCUGGAAGAUGUCCUCGAGAAUGGGCAAGAAGUCACGCAUCAGAUAAGUGAAGAAACUCAUGAGGAACCAGCUGAACAUCAGUAUGUAGAUUUACGUGCUGAGUAUCAGAAGGCCAAGGAGCACACAAAAGCGUUACGUGAGAAAAUAAAGGCUAGCUUCCAAACCGCACCCGCGCAGAACAAUAGAGAAACCCCAGAACAGCCAGUACAAGCCAAUGAGACGACUCCUGCUCCAACACGCGGGAUAUCAACCACUCCCAUGUCAAGAGGACUCGAACGCGCCAUCACUAAGGUCGGCCAACAAGCGCGCACCCACGCGGCUAGAGCCGAAGCGCUAAAACCAGCUAAUCAACUCCCACAAGAUAGCGUACUCGGGCAGUUCUUUGCUCGACAGGGAGGUGGAGGUGGGGGGAAUGACCCAUUUGAUAGUGAUUCCUCGGAUGAUGAGGAUUUACCAGGAGGACCUCAUUUCCCGUCUACCAACCGCCAGCCGCCAAAGAUUUCGGGGCCUGUUGUUCCCGAUAUCGCGGGAAAGGGCCCUGAGAAGCUCAUGAUCCGGCUUCCGAAGCGAACUCCAGACGGAAGGAUUGUCCCCGAGGAGGAGAGUGCUAAUAAUAGCACUCCUCCCACGACCAUCAACGAAGACGAGAUUGAUACUGCAAUCUAA